CAGAAAGCCGCCAACAUUUUCUUCUCUCUCUAUAUAUAUAUAUAUACAGUAAUCCUACUAACCUGCCGCUGCUCAUCGGAAACCUGCUCAUUCUCCUCCACCGGCGGUCUCCACCGGGAUAGAAAAUGGGGGUAGGGGAAGAAGGACACGGAUCGUCGACUGCUGGAGGAAUAAGAAAAAGAGGAUGUACACUUUCAAAGGAUGAUUUUCUGCCAGAGGAAUCAUUCAAGAGCUGGGGAAAUUAUGUAAAUGCAUUGAGUAAUACACCAGCUCGGCUUUAUGAUCGAGUUGUGACACGUUCUGAUGAGCAAGAAGAGAUGGAUGCCAAGGCAAGAAGUGUUAACCAAAUGAAGAGGAGCUUGAAUUGGUGGGAUCUCAUGUGGUUUGGGUUAGGUGCACUUGUUGGUGCUGGAAUAUUUGUUCUUACUGGUCUUGAAGCUCGUACUGAUGCUGGUCCAGCAGUUGUCCUAGCUUAUGUUAUUUCUGGGGUCUCAGCUAUGUUAGCUGUAUUUUGCUACACUGAGUUUGCUGUGGAGAUUCCAGUGGCAGGUAUGUAAAGUCACUUACAUAUCUGUAUUUUACUAACUAGUAAAAGAAUAUUUACUUUAUCAGGUCAUCGAAGAUAAAAAGGCAGGAUUAGUAACUUGGAAAAUAAGACAGAUUAUCUGCUAUAAUAGCUUAAAAUACAUUGAUUCUGUAAAAAUUCUUUGCACUAUCAUGUAUGUAUUUAAGUAAAUCCAUUUUUUAAGGUACAUUAGUAAAUUAAAGCUCUUGAUGAGAGAUAUCCAUCUUCAAUACCUUUUGAUUA